CAUGACAUGUUCUUGGAGAACACACACACACACACACACACACACACACACUGCAUCAUUUUGCUGUCAUUGAACUUCUUCUGUUCUAUGCUCAUUUCCUACACCUUCAGUGAGGAUUUGCAUUACUUCAGUGUUUUUUUUUCCAAGUUUUUUUUUAAAUCUAAUCUAAUCUUCUUUUAAUUCUAAAUAUACAUUUUCUCUUCGUCGUGUGUAUUGCACACAUCUGCCAACAUGUACCUUCUGACAGCUGCUCUGCUGUUUUCUUUACUAGAUUCAUUUUCCUGUGUUCAAUUUCUGGCACCUCUGAACAUGGGAGGAGUCACAGGGCAUGUACAGUUUAACUCCACCUCCCAAACGGCUAUGGUCAAAGUGUCUGGCGCUGGAUCCUGUGGUUCACUUAACUUUUCCCUCAGCGAGUUCCCUGUCAUGUAUGGCCAUUAUGCUCAGCCUUGUUCUGAAGCAAAUAUCGGCUCCAGUGUCUUUACCUUCACAGCAGAUCCUGCCUCAAACCCCAUCGUCAAUGUGUCACGCCUCUUCGAACAAAGCUCAAACCUGGAUGACUUCUCGCUGACUUUGCAGACAUGUAAUGGCACUAAAGUAUGCACGGUUGUAAGUCAAGAUCAAACUCUCUUGACUUCUCAGGCAAGGUUCACCGGCCCCAUUGCAGGUAAUGUUUACAUCCGCCUUAACACAGGACAGCCCAACCCCAGGCUGCUUGCAGACCUAGUUACAAUCGGUCAGGUCAAUGCCUCACAAACCAAUAUCACUCUCUAUGGAUCUACAAGCACCGCUGCAAGCUGUAAUGUUCUUCUGGGAAGCUUAGAUCCCUCAGCAUUGACCAAUCUGGGUGUUGUAAAAGUUGGAACCCCUUUACAGCCUGAGAAAUCCCGUCUGGACCUUGCCAGCUACGACAAAAACAAUGGGUUUCUUCUCAUCCGCAUGGGGGCAAGUUACAAGUGUGCUCAGAUUUAUAGACAGCCAGCGAAACAAGUGAGAGCUGUUGUGAGUAUGAGAGGGAUCAAAGGAUACUUCAGCUUCCGUCAGGCUUCCCCAUUUGAGGUGACAGAGUUGAGGGUGAACCUGACUAACUUACAGAGCAGAGUCGGCCCUUACCAUGUCCACCAUUUUCCUGUACCCUCAGUCAGGUCACCUCAAUCAAGUGUGUGUUCUAAUGAUAAUGUUGGUGGCCACUGGAAUCCAUUUGGAGUCAACACAAACGACCCAACUUACCCAACAGUGCCUGGUUCAACACAUGACAGAUAUGAGAUCGGUGACCUCAGUGCCAAGCAUUCGUCCCUUGCGGAGAAAAAUGAAAUGGACAUGGUGUUCAGGGACUUCAAUCUUCCUCUGUUUGGAAAGAAUAGCAUUGUUGGUCGCUCAGUUGUAAUUCACAAAACAGAUGGUUCCAGGUUUGCUUGUGCCAGCAUCAGCUAUCCCGAUGAAGUGAUUGUAGCCAGAGCCAGAUUUCAGAACCUUGUGGUUGGUGAGAUCUGGUUCACCCAGCUGAAGAACAAUCCUCUGUCUGACGUGUCCAUCUUCAUGGAUUUGUCAUAUGGAAAUUCCACAAUGACACCAACCAGAAGUCACAACUGGCAUGUUCACACCUUCCCCAUCCGCUCAGAGAGGGACGAUGACGAAAGGCGCUGCAGCACAACAGGAGGACACUGGAACCCUUUCAACAUUAGCACAACAGACACCAGCUAUACCCUCCACUGUGGUCCAUCCAGUCCCGUAUCCUGCGAGGUGGGAGACCUCUCUAGCAAACACAGUACCAUCAACCUCGGCACCCAAGUGGGCGGAGUGGAAGCAAAAAACUUCUUCACUGAUGUCACUUCCUGGUUGCCCGGGUCAGGCAUUAUUGGUCGUUCUGUGGUCAUCCAUCAAGCAGAAAGAGGGGGGCCGAGGAUUGCUUGUGCGAAUGUCACAAUGGUGCGGGUUCCUAAAGCUAGCUUAGGUACGUGGUUUGGCCCUGAGAUGUCAAGUGGCCAGGUGCGGUUCUCCCAGGCUGUCCCACAAGGCCCCACAACUAUAAACGUAUCCCUGAUGAACCUGAACUCCUUAGCUGGGGGUUACCACGUUCACAUACUGCCCAUUAAACCUGGCAGUGUAGAGCCCUGCUCCAACGCAAACAUCUUGGGUCACUUCAACCCUUUAGCCUGGAACAUAUCAAACAGCCCCGCGCCUGGAGCUGGCACAGUAGACCAAUAUGAGAUUGGGGACAUCAGUGGGAAGUUUGGGAUGCUGAAUGACCUUGCCCAGUCUCAGGCUGUUUACAUGGACCCUGAUAUGCCAUUAACUGGACCCUACAGCAUAGUUGGAAGAUCACUGGUGGUUCACUACUCCAACGGAUCAAGAAUGCGGUGUGCUGACAUCUUAGCUGACAGAGAUUCAGAUGGACAAUGGAUAAUUGCCAAGGCUGUUUUCAAUGGUACAGUGACUGGGACAGUGAGACUGCGUCAGCAGAUGUUUCCUGAUGGCAGUAGCAGUGAUAUCACACUGGAAGCGACCCUUCAAUCAACAACAACGACAAGACUAGAUGCGUCUUUGUUCAUCAACCGUAUGGGCGCCAACAGCCAGUGUGACAGUGUGGGAGACACAUUCAAUCCCUUCAGCAUGACAUCAAUGAGCUCCAGCUGUUCACUAGAAAACCCUCUGAGCUGUGUGGUGGGAGAGGUAUCUGCAAGACAAGGCUCAGUCAGCCUGACUCAGGGACAGGUCUACACUGACAGCAUUAUCCAGCUCCACGGAGACAACACAGUGGUCCACAGAUCUCUGGUGCUGAAGACUGGUGACAGCAUCAUUGCAUGUGCCGACAUCCUCCCAGAAUCCCCUUCAGCAGAGCAGACCUUUCCCAACGUGGCUAACUUCAGCAGAUAUGAUUUCCGUAGGAGGGUUGCAGACGUCCUGCAGAUGGAAACAGCAAGAGUCACCAUCCUGCCCAACUCUCCCAGGUCUGCAGCUGAUGGAAGGUGCCAGCAGGUCAACUUCAUGGUAUCUGGGGACGUGAACACAGAACUCCUGAAGUCUGUCAAAACCAGCGAGAAGAUGGGCACGUUCAAAGAGGCUGACAUAUGUACAAGAAGUGCAGGUCUGCUGCUGGUGCCAGGAACUCUUCUUCUUGGCUUGAUGUUUGCUGUCGCCUGCCUGCUGCCAUCUACAACUUAUGUAUAGCUCAAAGAUUCAUCCAGACGAUGCAUCAUCAGUGGGGAUACAUGGAUCCUCAUAUUGUAAAAUGUGAAUAUGUUAAUGAAAUGUUUCCCACCAAGAAAUAUGAUGGUCAUCUAAUUAAUUAUCAAUUGUGUUUCUUUUUGCAACUUUUGUCAAUCAUUAACAAUCUGGCUAUUUUACUUUUUGUAAUAAUCAUUUUAGGCAACAAACUAUUCAGUAGCUUUUCAGUUUAGCCAUUAUAGACGCAUUAUUUUUCCACAACAGACAUUGUUCAUGUUUUAUUAAUUUGGAAUAAUGUUAAAUGGGUAGGUGAAGUUAAUGCUGUACAUUUCCAGAUAUCCAGACUUUUUUUUUUGCUUUACUUUAUUAAUGCACUAUCUAUAUAUCCAUGUCAAAUGUUGUGUAAAUAUUUGGAAAUUGUGAAUAAAAUACAAUAAUG